ACUACCACCACUGCCGCCACCACCUGACAGGUAGGAACUGUCCCGGUCAGGCAUGGCGCUCGGCCCAGCUUAGGGAGAAUAUAGCACUCAUGUGUCUGAAGGGGGGUGACGCGACUUGGUAAACAGUCACAUACACAGGAAAGAAUUAAUGCACGUGGUGAAUGUGGAUCAAGUGGCGAUUCUACCCUUAAGAAGAUACGCUGUCAAACCUGCACUUCCAGAUAAACUGUUUUUAACAAGAGUUCAAGUUCCUCAUCUGUGCUCAGGCGCUCAGCACAGCAUGGCAGUGCAAGGUGUUUUCCACUGGAUGCAAGCCUGCGUGGUCCUGCAGCUCUGCCUAUCUGAAGUCCUGCCUGCCUCAGACACCAGCAGAAAUUACUAUGAAACCCUCCAUGUUGAGCCAACAGCAACUGACAACCAGAUAAAAAAGGCUUUUCGCAAACUGGCCGUAAAGUACCACCCCGAUAAGAACAAGAGCGCCGAUGCAGAGAAGACUUUCAGAGAGAUUGCUGAAGCCUACACGGUGCUCUCCAACAAGGAGAGGAGGAAACUGUACGACAGUGUGGGCCAUGAGGCUUUUCUAAACGACGAGGUCUCCAAUGAUGAUGAUGAGAAUGAGGAGGAUACAGGCUUCCACUUCAGUUUCUCAGACUUCUUCCAUGACUUCGAUGAUAGUCCCUUUGGGGAGGAGCCACACUUCCACUGGACCUUUCAUCAGGAAGGGGAGGAUGAGCACAGUCUAUACGAACAUUAUACUUUUGAGGGGCCUGGCUCCAGCUUUUAUUUUGUGGAUGGGGACGACAGUGAGGAGGAAUACUACUACUAAAUAUGCAAUAUCUUUGUCCUGUGUCAUGUAUGACUGUUACAUUUUAAUGUAUUGCCUUUUAUUGAUAACAAAGUCUCCAGAUUAAAUUGUUUACUCAGUGUC